AUGGUUCGGCACAAUGAAGCGCCUCGUGAUAGUAUAGACAGCACUCUGCCUCAGAUGUCGGAUCUUGUGCCCGCUGAUGGCUCGCUAUUCCGUCCCUCCCAUGCUCGACAACCGUCACAUCCCAAUGUGUUCUCAGACGACUACUCGAUCGACUCAAUUGACGCACCUCUCUUUUCCAACCAUCAACGAAACCAUUCCUUUUCUUCCUUUGACUCAACCUCUACCGUUGAACCACGACGUUGCGAUACACCUAAGCCAGUGGCCGAAAAUAGCACACGAGUGAACCUGUUGGAUCAGCAGCCGAAUCGCCGGUCGCUGGCUUCUGUCCAUCAGCAGGAUGAGUCUUUAACACUAGGUAGGACUGUCAGUCGUCAGUCCCAUGCAUCCUCUGCCUCGAUUGAGGACCUUAAUCCUUUUGCGGACCAACCAAAUCCGUCAUUUGCCGAGAGCGCUCGGCCUUCGAGUAUUCGAAAGGGCAUAACUGCAUUAAAUCGACAGUCUACGGUUUCGACUACCUCGACGCGGUCAGGAUAUACUGCAGUGCCACGGGCGAUGAGUCCAUAUCGUGGCGCGACGACUGGUCCUAGUCAUCCGUAUGCAAUGUACCCGCAAGUUGGUGUCGGUCGAUCGCCUAGUGUUGCCACAGUAUCGACAAUACGACACGCCGACAGCCCACUGAGAGGGCCAACCGGGCCACAACACCCGUACGGGAUGUAUCCGCAAAAUAUCGACUAUGAAGAAGAUUUAGGGGAUCAGCCAAUCCCAGUUGGCUUCCCUCCUCGUGGAAUACAGCCUCAAGGAGCUACGACACAAGCAGAUGAGGUUGGGGACAUCAUAGGCCCAGACGGUCAUCUCGAACAACUCCCACCAUAUUCGCGCUAUCCCGAUGGCGUAAUCCGGCCAACAAUGGGCAGGGGUCCUGCCAGCAUAGCCAGUGACAUAAGAGGACGAUGGGAACGAUAUCAAGACGAGCCACAUACCAGGUCAGAUUCCUCUUCAGGAUCUGGGACCUUGAUCAAUGUCGACUCUUCAGAACCAUUACGGUCACCAACCACGUCAUCUGGCCGUUCAUCAACUUUAGUAGCGCCCGUGCCGCUAGAGGAGAAAUUACGUCAAAAAGGUCAACGGAAAUGCUGCGGCGCGCCGAUCUGGCUUGUGGUAAUGUCGAGUAUGACCAUGGUGAUUUGUGCACUCUUGGGUGGUGUCAUCGGUGGUGUACUAGGUGAAAGGGCGGCCGAACAUCGGGCACAGCUCGCAGCUGCUAAGCAUUCCUCGCAUCCGGCGAGUGUGGUUACCGUGACUUACACAUCCGAUGUUUCACCUUAUACGUCCACGCCCACAGGUAUCGCUGCUCUUCCGACGGGUAAUUAUCAGGUUCCUUGGACAGUCACCAAUGUGUCCAAAUUCUGUGUUAGCACGUCUAAGCAGCAAUCCUGGAAUUGCCAGAUCAUGGACCCGCUUCCUAUUGACAUUCAAGGAUCCUCCUUCAUGUCUAGUAGCCUUACUGUCCAGCAACCUAGCAUUCAAGAUGGUCAUUUUAACUAUGGCGCCCAGCUCCCUUACGACAUCAACCCCCUUCAGCAACAACUCAAUAUCAUGAUCGACAAGGAAGACCCCCAGUUAGGGCCUGCGCUUUUUUUCCAAACAAUGUUCAACAAACUCGUUAUAGUUCAAGACUCUCAAGAUAUGCAGUCGAAACGCUCACUCGAUGAAAGGGACACCAGCGGAUUUGUCAAUGGGCAAAAUCAAAAUACAAACUACCCGAAGCCUUGGUUUUGUUGGUGGAACCAGACACAAUUCGAGACAUUCAUUUAUAUAAAUCAAACCCAGGACGCCACGGGUUCCGGAACAACUUCGACCACAAGUUCAACCACACAGCCUGCCUCGAUCACAACGGCUCCAUCCCCUACGUCGGGAUCUCAGAAGCGAGAUCUAGAUCUAUUACUUCGUGAUAGCAUUACCGGUAAUUAUCCUAGGAAGGUUAAGAUCAAGGAAAACCGGGUGAAUCCCACUGCGCCACAAGCAUAUUGCCAGCAGAUGCAGGUCAACCCAGACAACAGCAUUACUCCGAUCGUGGGUCAGCGUUUCAACAUCAACGAAACGGUCCCGACGGGUGAGCAUGGCGGCCCUGUCCCGUGCUAUUGCGAGUGGAUGACCUGA